AUGGCGCCAGCAACUCCAGAAGCUGAAGCUCAUCAAGCACUCAUCGAAAAGCUUGAUGUCCACUCAGUAAGGAAACCCUUUCGAAAUACACACUGGAGACCUAAUCAGCGUCGUAAUAAGAAUAUUAAGACCAUUCUCGGCGACGCCGUUCGAAAGGAAGCAUCACUCAUGCCAACACAAGAUAACAGCGGUGCUGCAACACCCUUUUCUGAAGAUAAUGCAACCUCAACUGAUGGAGAUAUGACACCUGCCGCUACGAGCGCUCCUACACUUCAACCAAAUCUCGCGCAAGCUUCCAAGAACUUAUCGAAAUUGGUAUUGGAACGAAAUAUGAGGACGAGCGGCUUUUCUAAUGCACCUACUGCAACAUACACGAAUAUUGAAUCGGCACCAUCUCUGGCACAUUCAAAACAUUACUGCGAUAUCACAGGAUUACCAGCUCCAUAUACGGAUCCAAAGACGAGGCUACGAUAUCACAACAAAGAGGUGUUUGGGGUUGUUAGAUCUUUAGGUCAGGGGGUUGCAGAGCAGUAUCUAGAAGUACGAGGAGCCCAUACUAUCUUGAAGUGA